AUGUGUCGAUUCAUAUGUGAGGUACGUCGCCAAGAUGGAAGUCCAUACCUGCCAUGUCAUUUUAGGAACCUAUGUCUUGGAAUUCUGCGUUACCUCAAAGAAGAGUACAAGCGAUUUGACUUGAAGUUCAUGGAUACAGAUAAUGCGCAAUUUGCCGGGUUGAGAGCAACACUUGAUGGCCAAAUGAAGAAACUGAAUUCAGAAGGUGUAGGAAAUGUAGUUAAACAGGCCGAGCCCAUUUCACCACUGGAAGAAGAGAAAUUAUGGGAGACUAGUACAUUCGGUAUUGACAAUUCUGAAUCUCUGUUCAACACAGUUUAUUUCUACAACUGCAAGAUAUUUGGAUUAAGGGCGGCUGAUGAACAUUCUUCGCUACGUCUAGAUCAGUUUGUUUUCGGCAAAGAUGACGAGGGAGAAUUUGUAGAUUUCCUGGGAGGAACUUGCAAGAAUAACCAAGGAGGGCUAAAACAAGGUGGCAAGGUUCCAUUCAGCUGUCUAAAUAACGCUUACUAUGUAUUUUCAGACGUGUUCGCAAAUACGUCCAAGAGUCAAACCCAAGAUGCUAUUGUAAAAGUGCUACGAGAAUACAUGGAAUCCAUCCCCCUAGGAGGACCUUUCUAUCGACGACCUUUGUCAGCACGUGACGGAGAAAACGUGAGGUAUUCUCACCAGAAGGUUGGCGUGCACACGUUUGAGAAGCUGUUUAAGAAAAUAUGCGACAAAGCUGGUAAGAACAGCAACUCGCCUGUUCCACAACAAAGUGGACGAACAGCUGGUUCAAGAAAGGACGGGCCACAGAAGUCUAGCUGUGAGAGCGUACAAGCGCACGAGCGAAACACAGCAGAAAAAAUAUCGGAUCUCCUCCAGCCACCAAACAAGGAAUCAAAGAUUGAACCGAAUGCAUCGCCUCCCAAGUCUCCAGUUGCAACAUGCACUUUGCCUGACAAGUCGGAUGCAAAGCCUGUUACCAUUAAAUUUGUUGCCAUACUCUGUGAGCUUGACACCAUUGAUGUCGCAGCCGACGAAGAACCAGGUCCGACAAAAUGA